GGUUUCCUUGUCUGUGACUAGAGACUGCCAAGCAGGACAGGCGGAUGAUAACAGCAUCCACUGCUGUUAGUCAGCCUUCAUAAAGCUCAAUGAACUGCUCAAAAAGAAGCCACUGAUCGUGCCUGCUGCUUUUUGCAGGGCAGAGAUACUGAUCAGUGUCUAAAAUCUGCAAAAAACCCCAACCCUUUUGAGAUUUUUUUAUUUUUAUGUUAAAGAUCUCUUCUCCGCCAUGGUGCUAGGAAAGGUGAAGAGCUUCGUCGUAAGCUACGACUGUUUUAAUGACAGCAAUGUCCCCGUGUUCUCCAGCGGGGACUGUGUCUCAGGGAGGGUGAUCAUCGAAGUCACCGGAGAAAUCCGCGUCAAGUCUCUCAAAAUCCACGCGAAAGGUUUCGCAAAAGUUCGCUGGACCGAGUCGAGAAACGCUGGAUCCAACACUGCCUAUACACAGAACUACACAGAGGAAGUGGAAUACCUGAAUCACAAAGACAUUUUAAUUGGGCAUGAGAGAGACGAUGAUAACUCGGAGGAAGGACUCACUACCAUCCAUGCAGGAAGGCAUGAGUAUGCGUUCAGCCUCGAGCUUCCACAGACACCUCUGGCUACCUCUUUCGAAGGAAAGCAUGGCAGUGUGCGCUACUGGGUAAAGGCAGAGCUCCACAGGCCAUGGCUUCUUCCAAUGAAGACCAAGAAGGAAUUUACAGUCUUUGAGCACAUUGAUAUCAACACUCCACUACUAUUGUCACCACAGGCUGGCACUGCAGAUAAGACACUUUGCUGUUGGUUCUGCACCUCAGGUCCUAUUUCCCUAAGUGCCAAAAUUGAAAGGAAAGGGUACACCCCAGGAGAGUCGAUUCAAAUCUUUGCAGAGAUCGAGAACUGCUCAUCUCGCAUGGUAGUGCCAAAGGCCGCCAUCUACCAGACCCAGACCUUUUAUGCCAAAGGGAAGGUGAAGGAGGUCAAGCAGCUGGUCGCCAACCUGCGGGGAGAAUCUCUGUCCUCCGGGAAAACGGAGACGUGGAACGGCAAGAUGCUGAAGAUUCCUCCUGUUUCGCCCUCCAUCCUGGAGUGCAGCAUCAUCCGGGUGGAGUACUCUCUUAUGGUGUACGUGGACAUCCCAGGGGCGAUAAACCUGUCUCUGAACUUACCGCUGGUCAUUGGAACCAUUCCUCUCCACCCGUUUGGCUCCCGCACGUCAAGUGUCAGCAGCCAGUGCAGCAUGAGCUGGCUAAGCAUGGGUCUACCAGAGAGGCCUGAAGCUCCUCCAAGCUAUGCAGAAAUUGUAACAGAUGAGCAGAGACAAGGCCGUCUGGAUGCCCCCUCAGUCCGAGAGGAGCUCGAUGGUCCUCUUUUGGCCUACAUCCAUGAGUUUCGCUUCCAACCUCCUCCUCUGUAUUCUGAGAUUGAUCCUAACCCAGAUCACUCCAGCUGUGCAGAUGAGCGCAGGCUUGAUGCCUGUCCAUCACGCUGAGCAUUUCUUUGAAUUUAUCCUGAGUGGUUCAGGGUAGCUAAAGGAAACUGCUUGAAAGGCUGAGCUUUGGACAUUUUCUCGGAUGACGGCAUAGACAAUGUUGAGUUCUCGAGAAAAAACCAUAAGUCCUGAUCUACAAAGACUUGCCUGGCGUCGAGCUGGACGGGGCAAACGUGUUCCGCCAUUCCUCAGUAAGAGAAAAAUCUGUCUGUAGUUUGGGGAUUCACCAUCUUCCUGAGGAAUAUUCAGCCUGUGUGGAGGCUAGCGGCGGAGCCCUGAGGAUGCUGGAGAGAAAGAAUCACCAAGGCUCAGCCUGCCAAGCUCCUCUUCAGCCUCGAUUCUUCUGUAUCUGUGGCACAUUAAGGACGUGACUCCUUAAACAAAGUGGGAAACUAAUCAUGUCCAGACUUCAGUAGAAUCACCGUUAAAAGUACGAGAUGAUGGAAGGAAAGUAAAAACGUUCUAACCAUUAUAGUCUGUGUGAGUUAAAGCUUGCAGCUGAGGUUAAAACAGAGAUGAGACUAAUUCCUUUUGCCCUCAUGGGGAUUUUUGUUUUGCACAUAUGUUCUUUACUUGAGUUGGAUGGCUCUGCUCUGAGAUUUAUUAUUGUUAUUAUUUUUUAGAUAUAUAUAAAUCACUAAUAGAUUGGUUUCAGUUUUGCAAAAGGCCAGACAGAAAAAAGCAGACUGCAGGCUUAACUUUUUAGACUAUCAUCUGCAAAACGCUUGACUUUGGAAAACAUACAAAAAAGACUGAAAAGAAAGACAUGCACUGAUUUUGUUUUGGGCAGUCAACAUAUUUUCCAACGGUGACUAAUUUACCUGAAGUUGUUUUUCUUCCUACCAGUUAAAGCUGUUUUAGUUAAUUUCUGCCCCCUGAGCUCGAUCCGCUUCAAGCUUCCCCCUUUUUUUGUGUUGCGUAGUUCUGUUUUUCUCGCGUUGCAUUUGCAUCUGCUCAAUGCCUUUUCUAGUUUUUCUUUUGUUCCAAGGCUUCUCUGGAUCUGGUCUAGUGGGGCUGCAGUACAGAUUUGUGCCACUCAGUUAAGCCAAGAAUAUAGGUGUGUGACAAACUGCCUGCAUCCCCUCAAGUCCUUAUUCCAGAGUAAAUCUGGCAUGCAUUAUUGCCCAAAAAGCACUGUCUCAGGUGGCUUUUUUUUUUCUCUUGCCAAGCAGUUGAAAAGGUGAUUUAUUUAUUUUUUGGUUUGGUUUAUUUUUUUUAUUGCACUGCUAAAACUUUUUUUUUUAAACUAAAAUUAGAAAACAGACUUGCAGCCAAGCAAGGCAGCUUUUUGAGAUGAAUCACAUUCCCUUUUUGUCCUGCUGCACUUGCUGAUAGAUUUGACUGAUACAUUUUACCAGACCAGUGAAACCAGAAUGCUAAUUAAAAAAAAAAUAAAGUCAUAUGAAGAAAGAGGAUUGUCUGCCUCUGUGCUGAAGAAGCAAACCCAGCACAGAUAUAAAGCUGGGGGCCGUGUUAAGCCUCUAUGCAUGCUGAUUAGAACAAGUAGUAGUAGGAAAAAAUGAGUAAUACAUUGGUUUCUAACUCAUUAAAUACAUUAGACUGCUUGUAAUAGAGGUUUGACACGGUCAUACAAAAAAAGACAAAAAAAGCACUUUUUAAUAAAAAAAACAAACAAAAAUGCAUUCAGUGGUGAAGGUCUGGUUUGAAAUAAGUAGGUACUAAUCAUGUAAUGGAGGGGCUUUCAGCAAGGCAGUGUAGCUUAGGAUGGUAAAGCAUUAUUCUUUGUUUUAAUGUUAAAGACUUUUUGAGUUUACAUUAUUGUUUUUUUGAGACCUAGCUAACACUAGUUUGCGUGUGUGCGUUCUUAUCGUGAUCCUGCUGGCUUCCGACGGUGAUGGACAAACUGCAGAAUGUUUAAGUGAUCUUAUAUUAGUGGCCUUGUUGCAGAAAAAACACCUGAACGCGGUUCUUGGUUUUAUUCAGCAUCUGAACAGACGUUCUGGUUUGUGUUCGUCCAUGCCUGUAUGUUCUUUGACCUUUCGAUGUUAUUCAAAAGGAAGAAAAAGGGAAGAGAAAAAAAAGGUCCUUUAAAGUAAAUCCUGUUAAAGAAAGAAAUCUCUUCUUUUUUUUGUCUGUUUUUUUGUGGGCAUUCUUGCAGGUUGUUUUUCCAGCAACCUUUUUAGUUAGCUUCCUACUCCCCCAUAUCCCGGUCUGUGGGUGGCAGCUGUUGAUCAGCCCCCCUCCAUCCACACCCUGAGAAACAUUUAGCAAACAUGGGGUAUUAGACUAAACAAUUCCUUGGUUGUAAACUUGUCUAAACGCAGUUGGCAGUUCUUUGUUCGGUUUUUAUCUUAGGGAAACUAUGCGGUGAAAAAUAAGCUUACAUUUUUUUUCUUCAGGUUUGGUCAGUACCAAAGUCCAUUUGCUUGGGCUUCAGAUGUAGUCCAGUGUCAAAACUAAGCUAAACUCCUGACCUAAUAAUAAAGGCAGGAGCUGAAAUGUUCAGAAAUA